GACAAGGUAAACGAGUGCAUGUCGUAACAUCCGCUGUAGAUUUUCCAAAACAAACGCGUCUCAUGAUACGUGUGUAUUAUUGCCGUAUUAGUUUGCCCUUGUACAUUGUAGAAUUUGAGGUUCGUGUGUGUUAAAUGCCGAACUGAUUCGGGGUGCGCUAUUAAAAGGAGACAAUCCAACUGAAAGGAGGCAGGCAUUUCCGGCCCCCGGCCCUCCCCCGCGUCGCUCUCAUCCGGGGUGGGUCGACCACCAGCAACUUCCGCGUCCCCCUCCUGAGAUGGACCGCGAGACGUCAGGCUCAAGUCGGGAGUCGUUUCGCUGCUGAAUUAAGGACGAAGCGAAUGAGGGUGGCCCCGGCGCCUGUGUCCUAGCCGCCCGGUGUGCGGUACUCGCGGCCGCAGAAGCUCCGCAGGCCUCUCGGUCGAAGCGGUGGUGGUGCGUUCAAUGCUCCCCGUUCAUGGCGUGAACAGUGCUUUGGGCGGCGUGUGAUGAUAGGAGACACGAUGACGCUCUUGUCUCUUCUUGGUCGGAUCAUGCGCUAUUUUCUCUUGAGGCCGGAGACGUUGUUCCUGCUGUGCAUCAGCCUGGCGCUGUGGAGCUACUUCUUCCACACGGACGAGGUGAAGACCAUCGUCAAGUCGAGCCGCGACGCCGUGAAGAUGGUGAAGGGCAAAGUGGCCGAGAUGAUGCACAACGACCGGCUGGGAGGCCUCAGCGUGCUGGACGCCGAGUUCUCCAAGACCUGGGAGUUCAAGAGCGACAACGUGGCCGUGUACUCCAUACAAGGCAGAAGGGACCACAUGGAGGACCGCUACGAGGUGCUCACCGACAUCGCCAACAAGAGCCACCCGUCCAUCUUCGGCAUCUUUGACGGGCACGGCGGGGAGGCUGCAGCAGACUUUGUGAAGGCCCACCUGCCUGAAGCCUUGAGGCAGCAGCUGCAGGCGUUGGAGCGAGAAAAGAAGGAGGGCGCUCCGUCGUACGCCGGCAUACUGGAGCAGCGAAUCCUGAGCGUGGACCGAGAGAUGCUGGACAGGCUGUCUGCCAACCACGAUGAAGCGGGUACCACGUGUCUGGUGGCACUGCUGUCAGACAGGGAACUAACAGUGGCCAACGUCGGCGACUCCCGCGGUGUCCUGUGCGACAAAGACGGCAACGCCGUCGCACUGUCCCACGACCAUAAACCGUAUCAGCUCAAGGAGCGCAAGAGGAUCAAGAGGGCGGGAGGCUUCAUCAGUUUUAACGGCUCUUGGAGAGUUCAAGGAAUUCUGGCCAUGUCCCGCUCUCUGGGCGACUACCCGUUAAAGAACCUAAAUGUGGUCAUCCCCGACCCGGAUAUCAUGACGUUCGACCUGGACAAACUGCAGCCGGAGUUCAUGAUCCUGGCGUCCGACGGCCUGUGGGACGCCUUCAGCAACGAGGAGGCGGUGCGCUUUGUCCGCGAGCGCCUGGACGAGCCGCACUUUGGCGCCAAAAGCAUCGUCCUGCAGUCCUUCUACCGAGGUUGCCCAGACAACAUCACCGUUAUGGUGGUCAAGUUCAAAAGCAGGGCAGGGGGGAGCAGCAAGGCGGCGGACUAGGGCAAGUGGACUGCAUGGGAUUUUACCCAUCAUGUAAAAUACUACAGGAGGACAGAGACAAGAUAGAUCAUGAGUACUGGCUAAGUGUACAACUAUAUGAAUCAAACACACAAAAUUAAGACAAGGGAGCCUGAAUACUAUUAAUAAUUGCCCAAGAGAAAGUACCAGCAUGUAUUCAAGUAUUACAGUUUACUGUCCAUUACUGAUGCAGCCCCCACAGGAGCUUCUUCAGAAGAGACUACGGUCAGUGCCUAAUUGUAAUGUGUGGAAAAACACCAGCCUUCUUCUUUCUGCAUUCAAAAAAAAUAGUUCCCAUUUCCUCAAAUAGUGGCAUCUUUCCCAAUAGACCCUUUGCCCAAGUUAAACAUGGAAUUGAACAAAUAAGUGCUGUGCAUCAAACAGACACCUGCUUUUACCCCUUCAGAUAUUAAAAGUAGGUGGCUGUCCUUUACUAUGCCUAAACACACACCACCUGCAGAGCAGACGGGGAAUCUGUAAAGCUGAAGUUCUUGGAGUGUAAAGAUUAGUCUCUUCAAAUUAACAUGACAGGAAGAGAAUGCCUCUCUGGAAAAAGCAAGUGAUGUAUUACAUCCACACUAACAUCAUUCAGUCAAACUAAAAGUGACUCCAAUGAUUGAUGGAGGCCGUGUAAAACCAUCCAUCCAUCCAUCCAUCCAUUUUCUAUAGCGCUUGUCCUCAUUAGGGUCACGGGUGAGCUGGAGCCAACCCUAGCAGACUCUAGGUGAGAUGUGGGGUACACCCUGGACUGGUCGCCAGUCAUUCUCAGAUUACAUAUGGACAAACACCAUUUACACUCACAUCUCUGGGCAAUUUAGAGUCUCCGAUUAACCUAAAAAGCAUGUUUUGGGGAUGUGCAAGGAAAGUAACACGAGGAGAACAUACUGUAGACACUUGUAAGACAAUAUUUUAUAUACUAUACUACUAUAAAAACAUAAUAUUAUGAUGAAACUGGAUUUCUACAAAUAAAGGGAGCCCUUUAAAAUAUGCCUGCUACUCUACAGUUGAGUUAAAAAAAAAAAAAAAAACACCUCUGGCCACUAUAUGAGGAAAUAAAGUUUGAUUUUAACAUUGCAGAUCUGGAAGAAUUUGUCAGUCCUCCCGAAAUAUGACAGAACCUUAUUCAACUUCAUAAUACAGUGGUGCCUUGAGAUAAGCGUUUAAUCCGUUAUUCGGUCCUCAGAACAGUCGUCCACCGUUCCGCACAAAAAUAAACAUUAUUUACAUAAUUUUAAAUAGAAUGUAAACAAUCAGUUUUUGCCACAUUUUGUACUUCAAUUCAAUAGACAUAGUUCUGCUACUUAGGGUAUGCGCACCUUGGCCGCCUGGCAGUAGAGGGCAGACAUACGGAUAUGCAUGGAGACGGUCACUCCUCAGCAGGCCGCAGUAACAGUCGUUCUUCGCAGAAGAUUUUAAAAAACGCCUGUGAGUAUUGUUAUAUUUUGUGCCUGUGUGUGUUGCUAUUUAAUGCUACCUUUACAUCAGAAGACUUACAAAAUAUUUGGAAAGACUUAGAAAACUAUCAUCUCACAAAGGCUCACAUCUAAAGACAAGUUGUAGAGAUUUUCGUCUCAGACUGAGAUUUAAGACCAGCCCUUUGUUUGCAAAGUUUCCUGUUUCCUUUCUUUUUUUAGAGCUCAUCUAUUGGUAUUUGGUUAAACUAAUAAUAUAAAAAGACGUCUGAUGUUGUCGUAAAGCCAAGACUAGGAAAAGACUGAUCUAAAACAGCUGAGUACUACCUUAUACUAAAGGAUCAAGAUGACGGUACCACGCUGUGACUCCAGUAAAACUCCUCAAAUGUUCUUCUGACUUUCAGUUUUUAGUCUGUGACUGUGAAAAUCGUUAGGUGUAAGCCCAGCCUAAGGGUUAUAACACCUCAAGACCUGCGCCAUUCGUUAUCCCGUUAGGUGUAAGCCCAGCAUAAGGGUUAUAACACCUCGACACCAGCGCCAUUCGUUAUCCCGUCUAUGGCGUUUUUCACUGUUUGUUACUGUUUGUUAGCAUUAAGCUAAAUGGAGCUAUGUGGUCUUUUUAAAUAUGUAUUCUCUUUGUUUGAUUUAUAGUCCAUCCAUCCAUUUUCUGAGCCGCUUCUCCUCACUAGGGUCGCGGGCAUGCUGGAGCCUAUCCCAGCUGUCAUCGGGCAGGAGGCGGGGUACACCCUGAACUGGUUGCCAGCCAAUCGCAGGGCACAUCGAAACAAACAACCAUUCGCACUCACAGUCAUGCCUACGGGCAAUUUAGAGUCUCCAAUUAAUGCAUGUUUUUGGGAUGUGGGAGGAAACCGGAGUGCCCGGAGAAAACCCACGCAGGCACGGGGAGAACAUGCAAACUCCACACAGGCGGGGACGGGGAUUGAACCCCGCACCUCAGAACUGUGAGGCUGACGCUCUAACCAGUCGGCCACCGUGCCGCCUUGAUUUAUAGUUUGAUAGUAAAUUUCAACUGGGGUGGCAAUAAAAGGCUUGAAGCUUUUUUGAAUAAUUGUUCACUAUCUCUAAUCACGCGGCACGGUGGACGACUGGUUAGCACAUCUGCCUCACAGUUCUGAGGACCGGGGUUCAAGUCCCGGCCCCACCUGUGUGGAGUUUGCAUGUUCUCCCCGUGCCUACGGGGGUUUUCUUUGGGUACUCCGUUUUCCUCCCACAUCCCAAAACAUGCGCGGUGGGUUAAUUUAAGACCCUAAAUUGUCCGUAGGUAUGAAUAUGAGUGCGAAUGCUUGUUUGUUUCUAUGUGCCCUGCGAUUGGCUGGCAACCAGUUCAGUGUGUACCCCGCCUCCUGCCCGCAGUUAGCUGGCAUCGGCUCCAGCAUAGAUAAGCGGUGUAGAUAUCUCUCACUAUCUCCCACUCUCUCACUAUCUCCCACUAUCUCCCAAACUGCUGCUUAUUGUUAUGCGAGUUGAGUUCACUGCCACCAUACAGCGUUCGUAUCUCAAAUGUUUGCAUGCAAGUCAAAGCAAAAUAAUAAUAAUAAUUUAAAAAAUUUAAAUCAUAUGAAUUACAGCCUGUAUCUACAAAAAAAACUCGGGUCACUCGCAUCUCAAGGCACCACUGUACACACUUAAAAUGCACUUUUAUUUACUGACAUAACACUUCUUCAAUGAAGCAAAAUGAUUUGAAUGGAUAGUAUCUGAUGUGGUAUAUUACCGGUCCUUAUGUGUCUCUGAAACUCAAGAACAAAAGUGGCAGCUGCCGUAAGAAUCUGAAUGAUGAGACAUGGUGUUGGACUGCAGUACAGCUGCAGCAGCCGUACAGUGCAAAGUAAGGCGAGAAGCCCCUGAAGCAAUAUAAUGUACGGCCAGUGUUGUCAGAAGCGAUACAUUUCAAGCAAAAGCUACAGUUUUCAUUUUAAUGAAUUAUGUGUUCUCGCUGGACUGUGUUCUAGUCGGAUAUUGUAUGAUCUGUUGAGCACCAUUCCACAAACAAAAGGUAGCAUUACUGCAUGCAUAUUCCAUUGCAUUGUCUUUAUUUUGCUGUAAUGUCAAAGGUGUUUUUUAAAGGUUUUUAUGCCAAAUCCGACCAAAUUCCCUUUAAAAGUGGCUUCUUUGUGAAAGAAGUUGAAGCGUUUAUUUUAAUUUUAAACAUAUAGUACCUUAUAUGCCUUAUUUAUUUGUUUUUUGGUGUCAAGCAGAUUGCCAAAUCUGUGUACUGUAUAUACAUAUUGUUUUUGUUCUUCUGUUUUACAAUAAAACAUACUCAUCACAUCA